CCCCCCAAGGCCAAGGCAGCCGAGGAGGCCGAGGCUCCCCCGGCCAAGCGGGCGCCCAUUUUCUACGGGAGCCUGGAGGAGAAGGAGCGCGAGCGCCUGGCCAAGGGCGAGGCCGGGCUGCUGGGCAAGGAGGGCAUGAAGGCAGCCAUGGAGGCUGGCAACAUCAACAUCAGCACUGGUUAAGGAACAUCCUCUCAGUGGUCGGCACAGAUGCAUUAAAGAAGACCAGGAAAGAUGAUGACAGGUCCAAAAAGUCCAAAGAAGAGUAUCAGCAAACCUGGUACCACGAGGGCCCACGGAGUCUGAAAACAGCCAGGCUGUGGCUGGCCAACUACUCCCUGCCCAGGGCAGCAAAGAGGCUGGAGGAGGCUCGGCUGCUCAAGGAGAUCCCCGAGGCCACCAGGACAUCCCAGAGGCAGGAGCUGCACAAAUCCCUGAGGUCCUUGAAUAACUUCUGCAGCCAGAUUGGGGACGAUCGCCCGCUGUCCUACUGCCACUUCAGCCCCAACUCCAAACUGCUGGCCACAGCCUGCUGGAGUGGGCUGUGCAAGCUCUGGUCUGUGCCUGACUGCAACCUGGUUCACACCUUACGAGGACACAGCACCAACGUGGGGGCCAUCGUGUUCCACCCCAAGGCCACGGUGUCCCUGGAGAAGAAGGACGUGAGCCUGGCCUCGUGUGCAGCUGAUGGCUCUGUCAAACUCUGGAACCUGGAAAGUGAUGAGCCCGUGGCUGACAUUGAGGGACACAGCAUGAGAGUGGCCCGAGUGAUGUGGCACCCCUCAGGGAGGUUCCUGGGCACCACCUGAGGCCUGGAUGCCUUUGGCCGGGUGUGGGACCUGCGCACUGGCCGCUGCAUCAUGUUCCUGGAAGGGCACCUGAAGGAGAUCUAUGGCAUCAACUUCUCCCCAAACGGGUACCACGUGGCCACGGGCAGUGGGGACAACACCUGCAAGGUGUGGGACCUGCGGCAGAGGAAAUGCAUUUACACCAUCCCUGCCCACCAGAACCUGGUCACCGGCGUCAGGUUUGAACCCAACCACGGGAAUUUCCUGCUCACGGGCGCCUACGACAACACGGCCAAGAUCUGGACCCACCCCGGCUGGUCCCCCCUGAAGACACUGGCAGGGCACGAGGGGAAGGUGAUGGGCCUGGACAUCUCCCUGGAUGGGCAGCUCAUUGCCACCUGCUCCUAUGACAGAACCUUCAAGCUCUGGACAGCUGAGUAGCUCAGAGGGACAGGUUAUGGACUGGGACAGGGACAUUCAUGACUUUAGACUGCUUUUUUAUAUUAAAAAAAAAAACAACAGGAAUCCAGUGUGUUACAGCAGCUGUAGUCAUGGCUGCUCUGGAGUUUGGGUGUGUUUGAAGCACCACUGUUGGCCCGGGCUUGGUUGUUGUCAAGUCUUGGGAGUUUUCCCACAUUUUGGACUGAUUUUAUACUGCAGGUACCACUUUCUGCUGUAUUUUUGAUCCAUGUGCUUCUACCCUCCCUUCCAAGUUCAUCUCCCAGGUGUCCUCCAAACAUUUGCAGUAACCACAGAGCAUCUCAGGUUUGGGGUGUGGUUCAGCUUCUGUGCCCUUCUCACCUUCCUUUUCGGUAGGAGUGUGACUUCAGAUUUGAUUUGCAUUUAGAGAAAGAGCCCAGAGGGAGAGGAGUGGGUGCCCUCCUUCCCUGCCUCCACACUGGAUGGAGAUCUGCAUCCCCCUGGGUUCACUUACAGUAGAUGUCCAAGGGAAUCUCUUCCAGGUACCACCUUGUGUCCUCCUCCAUGAGUUGUCCCAUGGACUGGGUGUUGCAAAUCCAUUUCAGCAUCUCCUGUUUGGGGUUUGCUGUGUGAGGUCACUCAGUGUAGGAUUGUCUUGUUCUGCCCUGCCCUGGGGAGAGCUUUUGUUCUUGUUUGUUGUUUAAAUUGAGGUUUUGCAAAUAAUGUGCCCUGGAAGAUCUAAACAGGUUUUGAAUGUGUAUCCUGGGCUCUGGGUCUCACAAGGAAUGGAGAAAUUACAGGAAUUUCACAAUGCA